GCUGAUAUGUUUACGUUUUCGAUGCGCACAAGAAUAUAAUUUUUGUUCAAAAUUCCGCAUGUUUUGACCGACCACCCGGUGUUUGCGGACGAGUUAGCCUUGUGAAUCAUCAGAAAAUUUCUGAUAAUUUUAAGUGAUUUAAAGUAACAAAAUGCCCCGCGAAAUCCUCACUCUGCAGCUGGGCAAUUACGCCAAUUACGUCGGAACGCACCUUUGGAACCUGCAGGAAUCUUCCUUUUGUUACGACCCAAACGCGGAAGCAGGUGAAGUGGACCACGAUGUGCUGUACCGAGAGGGUCGUACGGCAAACCGGCAGACUACGUAUACGCCGCGGGUGCUGGUGGUGGAUUUGAAGGGCACGCUCAAGUUUAUGCCUCAGGAGGGAACUUUACGGCCGGAAAUACCACUGGAUGAAGAGCAGAUGCUGGAGAAUGUUGUCUGGGAGUCCGGCAGGGUGGAAGUUGUGAAAGAGGCGAAGGUUGAGAAGAACGAGUUCCAGAAGGAUUUGGAGGUGGCAGGAAAAAGUGAGGAGGAAGAGGAAGAAAAGGACUACAACUUCAAGGAGACAGUUAAGGAUUGGAUCGAUUUCAGUUAUUCACGGUAUCAUCCGAGAAGUAUUCACAUUGUUAACCAGUAUUCUCACUCAAAGGAGGAAAACCAGUUUGACACGAUUACAAAUGGGAUGCAGUUGUGGCAUGAUUUUGAUUUUCAGGACGAAUUCACCGACAAGAUCCGGCAGUAUUUAGAAGAAUGCGAUGGAUGUCAGGGAUUCCAGACGAUUAUGGACUGCGUAGAUGGAUUUUCUGGUGUGGGAGUGAAAAUGCUGGAACAUCUUCAAGACGAGUACGGUAAAGCAAGCUUAGUUUUUCCGGUGAUUCCUCCUGCGAUUCUGAACUUUAAGAAUGCAGACAAAACCAUGAGCUCUUCGGUGAGAGUCAUCAACACCGCAUUGGCCGUUUCUAACCUGGUAGAAUGCUGCUCGCUGUUUGUUCCUCUCUCAACGAUGGGUCGCUGCUGGCGUGACCUGGACAAACCGCGAACUUGGUCUCACCUUUCCUACGAACAAACCAAUCUCUAUCAAACUUCUGCGAUUUUGGCCACUUUUCUCGACACUGGAUCGCUUCGCUAUCGGUUGAAGAAUCCCUCCUCCGGUGGUUUCUUGGCCAGUCUCUGUAGUGACCUUACUCCGUAUGGUAGAAAAAUGGCCGCAGCAGGCCUCGCACUCCCAUUUCCAAUGAACACCUCGGAAGACCUCAUCGACUUUCUCGAUAAAAGUGACCAAAUGUGUCUUCAUACGCAGCUAACGCCAAACACCACCGUAGGUACUAACUACCUCGUACAGUCCGUCUCGAUCCGUGGGAUCCCCGGAAAUAAGUUGAAACGACCUUCGACGGCCAAAUCUGCCCAACGUCAGCAACGCAUGGCCGCCUAUCGGUGUGAUUCGGUCAGCGAAAUGAUGCAGUUUUAUUAUCAGUGUCAGCUGCACGCAAGCAUGUCUCACGUGACGGCCUGCAGGGCACCGAUGGAAGUACGGACUCCUUUCCCGUACGAGCUGUUCGAUUCUCGUGUUGGCCACGAUGGAUUUGUGACCGAGCUCGAUCUUGGCGUGAAUCAGGCAACCUCUUCCACACCAACGCUGGCAACGCUACAGAAUUCCGGAGAUUUGGCCGAUACCUUAGACAGUUUGCACCGUGAAGUGAGUCGAAUAAGGAUUGCACGAAUUCCGCGCUUUGUCGAAAGUGGGCUUGAACUGGAGGACUACAAGGAGAGCUUGGAAAGAUUGUUAGAUUUUAAAGAGCGGUACGAAGACAAUUACGAACUUUGAGAAAAUAUAUAAACCAUUGCAAGAAGUCAAAAAAAA